CCGCGUCCGAGUCCCAGCGCGCGGAGCAAGUGCUCAUGGCGGCGCCGGCGCCCACGGGCCCCGAGGACGACGCCUCGGCCGUCCUAGACGAGCUGUCUCGGAACUUCACGUACUGGGCGCCAGGCCCCGGCAACGGCUCGCUGUCGAGCGCCUGGUAUCGCAGAAACCAGAUUCACCUUUUUGGAGUUCUGCUGGCCAUUUUAGGAAACCUGGUUAUCAGCAUUUCCCUAAAUAUCCAGAAAUAUUCUCAUCUUCACUUGGCCCAGAAAGAGCACCCGAAGCCAUACUUUAAGAGUGUGCUUUGGCUGACUGGAGUCCUACUGAUGGCCAUGGGAGAGACAGGCAACUUCGCAGCCUACGGGGUUGCUCCCAUCACUCUGAUCGCACCGCUGGGCUGCAUGUCAGUUACAGGUAGUGCCAUCAUUUCUGUUAUAUUUCUAAAAGAAAAUUUGAGAGCCUCGGAUCUACUAGGUAUGACACUAGCAUUUGCAGGAAUGUAUUUAUUGGUGAAUUUUGCUCCAAAUAUCACCCAAGCUAUCUCAGCAAGAACAGUACAAUAUUACUUUGUUGGCUGGCAGUUCCUGGUUUAUGUGAUUUUAGAAAUCCUAGUUUUCUGCAUCCUUCUGUAUUUCCAUAAAAGAAGAGGAAUGAAGCACAUUGUGGUCCUCCUCACCCUGGUGGCACUCCUAGGCAUCAUAUUUUACCAGGAAUUCCUUGGUGCUGCUUUUCUCACUGUAUUUAUAUACCUUUUUGGGUGCUUUCUGUCAUUCCUUGGAGUAUUUCUAGUGACAAGAAAUAGAGAAAAGGAACAUCUACAACAGUCUUUUAUUGAUUUGGGGACUAUUCCUGGGAAACAAAUGUUGGAUACAAUACAACCAGACUCAAAUGGCUUAUCCUAUGGAACCUUGCCUGAUGGAGGUGACCCAACAAGGGGCCAGCCUGGAGAGAAGAAAGAAGCCUAGGUUGCCAAGAGGGAUGGCUGUUGGCCUGCUAUUCAAUACCACCUUUUAAAGGAUUGCACAUGUUCGCUCUGUGUCAGCAGCUAUUUCACGCUGACAUGUGCGCGUAUUUGCUUCACUUUUCUCCCCCACUGUGGACAAUCAGGGCCUUCCUAAUCUCCAACAGUCUAAUGCUUUCAUGGAAUGUAACUCCAAGUGCUCCCACUCCCUCCAUCCCUCCCUAGCGAUCAUCUCACUGGCUGGAUCUUAAUGAGAGCCUGGCUGCUGAAGCAGGAAUGUCACACAAAAAUGUGCACUCGAGAUUUGGCCAUAGAAGGCAGAGGUUGCUUUUCCAUGUGGCUUGCAGAAUCUGCUUGCUGGCUUCAAAAACACCCUCUCGUGCUCCAGCCUUAGUCUCUAAAGGAAGAUUUGAUGUGCUUUGUUCUUGGGCGCCUCUGUGAACCUCUCUUGAGGAACUCACUCCUUUUUCCAUGUUGUAUGGCAAGUCACUGUCGCAGCCAAUUCUGUUAAAAUCUUCCUUUAAAAAUAAAGGGCCUCAUUACAAAAUUGAAUUUACAAGUGGUGUUCUCAGAUGGCAUUUAUUAAAAACUCUAAGACCUGCUAGUGGCAGUUUUUGAGCCUAAAGUGGGAGCAUUUAAGACGUAUGACUGUGUUCACCUCUGCGGCAUAUGUAUUAAAAUCUAGCAGCAACACAUAUGGUAUCAUGGUCUCUGCAUAAGUAUGACACAUAAAUUCAUAAAGUGUUAAAAUAGCUAAAACUCUAGAAUGGUAGCAUUUUCUCCAGCCUUAUGAUCCUCUUAUAUUUACAUUGAAACUCAAGAAAAAUGUUGUCAUAUGCCUUAAAUUGUUACAGAUCCUAUAUGUUAUCAGUGGGUUUAUAUGUCUUAAAAUGGCAUUUAGUUUCUUAGGAUAUUCAUGCUACACACUGUGUCUCCCCCGCCCCAAGUCCUCUAAACUUUGCCAGUUUUUCUAGAAAAGGAAAAUCAUAAUUAGAGAAGUGGGUUUCAGCUACUUGACUCUGGCCAUAGAAUAUAGCCAUGAGGUCCAACCUGAGCAUAGGUCCAGCCUGAACACAGGUGGCUUAUGUCACAUAUGACUCUCUGUGACCACCCGCCAUGUCUACUAACAUACAUUUCAGGCAGAAUCUGUAUAAUGAUUUCUCCUCAUGCUGUACCUAGUAUUUAAACAAUGAGAAAAGGGAACAAAUUUGUUGUAACCAAAUAAUAAGACCCAUCCUUAAAGCCUCAGGUUGCCCAAACCAUGCCAGCCCAGUGCCACUCAAGAAUUGUUCUUGUGCAUGGUGCUAAACUCAGAGCCAAUGAGAUACUAACCUGAACUAUUUCUAAUCUUUUUAAUUUUUCUUAUAACCUGAGCUCCUAACCAAACCAGAAUAUCCCAAAGCCCACAUAUGGUUUCUGAACUCCGGAUAGCUGUCAGCAAUUCCUGCCACCUUGGCAAGUGUCCAUUGAUCUAGAUGCAACAGUCAUAUAAUUAACGGCAUUUUAGUGAGUGGGUGCAGUGCGUUGGCUCUGAGAGAUUCAGCUAAGUUAUGUAUCCAGUGCCUUAAACUGUGGACUUCUAGUAAAUCCUGACAUUAGUUUCAAAAAUUGGAAAAGGGGUUUUAUUUGAGCUAUAGGACCAUCUUCAUAGCUGCAGCACCCAGUUCUGAGCACUGUAGAAUUUUGCAGACACAAGCUUAACAACAGUUUGUGCCCUCACAUUUGCUUUAAAGGUUUUGAGAAAUAACAUUAGUUUAUGUAAUACAGGGAUGCUUUUGAAAUCAGGAUUACAUAUAUAAUGUAUUCAGACCUACUUUCACUAAUUAUGGUGCACCAAACCAAGGUGAAUAGAAGUGUUAGUCUACUGGCUUAGAGGGCGUUUUGUUUGUCUUUCUCUUUAGUACUUAGGGCUUGACAACCAAAGUCAACCCAUUCCUUCUGACACUGUAAGCUGGGAACCCUUGGCCAGCAUUUGGCUCAUCUGACUAUUUGUCUAGACCAAGGACUGGCAAACUAUUUUAGUAAAGACUUACAAAGUAAAUAUUUGGGGGUUUGUGUUAUCCAUAUGGUAUCUGUCCCCCACUACUCAGCUAUUCCAUAAUAGCAUAAAUGUAGCCAUGGGCAACGUGUAAACAAAUAAUAAUGAAUGCACAUCAGCAGUUAUUAACAAAACAAAACAUAGUAACCAACCCAUGUCUGUAGUUUGCCAUGCUCUUGUCCAAAUGCUUUUGACUUUGCCAUGAAACUUAUUUUUCUUGUUUCUUGGGCACUGGAGAGCUAAAGAGAGAAAACAUUGACACUUCAUGGUUUGUGACAAAUCAGAUACUUGCUAUUUACAUUAAGAUCCUUUUGCUUAUAAGAGAAAUAAAUGUAUUUGUUGUGAGUCUA